AUUUUUGGGUAAUUAAACUCUGUGAUCAUGUGAUGAUGCACAUUGAGUUCAGUUUAGUCCGGUGAAAAUGGAGCGGAGCCGAGUGGCCGGAGAAUCGCCGACCGGAACGAGGAUCCUGCUUGCGUCACUAUCUGCGAUGGUCGCAGAGUCAGUUACGUUUCCGAUUGAUCUCACAAAGACCAGAAUGCAGCUCCAUGGUGCGCACCGGAUUGGCGCUAUCGGAGUCGUAUCGGAGAUUGCGAGGAAGGAAGGAGUGCUUGGUCUCUACAAAGGUCUGUCUCCGGCGAUUAUGAGACAUCUGUUCUAUACGCCUAUCAGAAUCAUCGGUUACGAGAAUCUGAAAGGAUUCAUCGUCAGAUCUGAAGCUAACCACGGCGAGUCUCUUCCUCUCGCCACAAAAGCUCUCCUCGGAGGAUUUUCUGGUGUUAUAGCUCAGGUAGUGGCUAGCCCAGCUGAUUUGGUUAAAGUGAGAAUGCAAGCAGAUGGUAGAUUGGUGAGCCAAGGCCUGAAACCGAGAUACUCAGGACCAAUCGAAGCUUUCACCAAAAUCCUACAGUCAGACGGAGUAAUAGGGCUAUGGAAAGGUGUUCUCCCAAACAUCCAGAGAGCAUUCCUAGUUAAUAUGGGAGAGCUAGCUUGUUAUGAUCACGCCAAACACUUUGUCAUCGAUAAAAAGAUCUCUGAGGAUAACAUUUACGCGCACACUCUUGCUUCUAUAAUGUCGGGUCUUGCUUCUACAACUUUGAGUUGUCCGGCUGAUGUGGUGAAGACAAGGAUGAUGAGUCAAGGUGAGAAAGCUGUGUAUAGAAAUUCUUACGACUGUUUGGUGAAGACUGUUAAGUUUGAAGGAGUAAGAGCUUUGUGGAAAGGUUUCUUUCCCACAUGGACAAGGCUUGGACCGUGGCAGUUCGUGUUUUGGGUCUCUUAUGAGAAGUUUAGACAACUAGCAGGAAUCUCUUCCUUCUAGACCUUUGAAACUGGAAAACAAAUAUCAGAUUUGGGUUUCUUAGUCUUCUUACACAUCUUGUAAGAAAUUUGAGAAGUAGCAUCAAUCCUGAUAUGGUAAGAAGAGUAUACCAAAAUUUGGGCUCUAAUUAGUAGGCUCAGAUAUUUAUCUUCGAGUUUUCAAAUUGAUAUUUUUUUCCUUUUUUCUUUUGUUCUCGGCAAUUAUUAUAUUUCAUAAAAUGCAUGAAUUUAAUAUAAAUUGCAAUUUGUAAAAGAAAAUUGUUAUGUUGACACAUAUUUAUGUCCAACAAAAUAUUGAAUUUAUGUAUGUUCUUUGAGA